CCCUUAGAAAUCUCCUCAGGUCAAAGGCCUUCAAAUCGAAAUACUAGGCUUGCAGUCGUUGUAUAGCACUGUUUGGCCUCGUGAAAACCUGUUACUUGUUCAGGCGGUUACAGGCUAUAAUUGCCUCGUGUAUCCCAGGAUUAUUGCUUCUAGUCCACGCACCGGAACUUUUGUCAGGAAGCCAUAAUCCCAGUCCCCAUUCAACUCAUCACCGCAGGCUUUCAAAGCAUGUCCUCCAAUAAAGGCGGCCCCAAUUCCUACAACAACGGCGCUCCUCCCAAAUACCUCAACGAUUUUAGCAAAGCGCUUGCGAGCGAAGUUCGCAUCUUGCUGGCAGAGGUAGGAAAGCUUAGGGAUGAGCGCAGACAGCUUCAAUUCGAAAUUGCCGAGCUUAUGGCCGUUAAAUCCAAACACGGCGCAGGAGGUGAAUAUUCUCCUGAUUGGAGGCCACCUCCUCAGGACCCGCCUCCGCCUCCACCCCCUGCAGCUUCGCCUCCUCCAGAAGAAGGCUUAACUGGCCCCGCCCGCCCAGCCUGGAGGGUCGUCCACAAACCACAAAGACGAGAAAAGCCGGCUCCCAAGAGUCUGCCUGCUCCGGCUCCCGUUCCUGCGAUCGAGCCUCCAAAGCCAAAUCUGCCCGCAUGGGCGCAAUGGAGGCCAAAUCCUGCGCACGCACCGGCACCGAUGCCUGCGCCUGUUUCGCCUAGGCCUGUGACGCCGGCUGCACGUCCCGGUCUUUUCGGUCCACCAACUCCCCCACCAAAGUAGAAGAAAUCAAACAAUUAUAGAACCCAUCCAUCUAUAUCAACCGGUGUUUAUAUCCUUCAUCUACUGUUACCAUCUUGCAUGCUCUUGGAAGUCUACCUGUCAUCGUUAUCUCUGAAUUGUAUGAUGUCCACUGGAGUGUGUACGCAAUUUAUUUAUAUAUCUUGACUACCACACAAUUAAUG